AUGGCCGGCGAGGAGGAGGUGCAGGUGGUGGAGUCCUGCUUCGUGACGCCGGCGGCGGACACGCCGAGCAGGGCGCUCCGGCUCUCUCCGUUCGACCUCAUGCUAGCCAGUAGAGGCUACACCCCACUCGUCCACUUCUACCGCCGACCAGAAACCGCCGGAGACGACUUCUUCGACGUGACCAGGUUGAAAACGGCGUUGAGCAAGGCGCUUGUGCCCUUCUACCCCCUGGCCGGCCGCUUGAGGGCGGGCGCAGACGGCACGUUGGAGAUCGACUGCAACGGCAAGGGCACGCUCUUCCUCAUGGCUCACUCUCGUCUCACCAUGGAUGACUUCAGCGAUUUCAAGCCAUCAACGAAGCAGAGGAGGCUGUUUGUUCCUCACGUCAGCGACUCAGAUGACCUCUUAUGGGCAACCCAGGUGACAUUCUUAAAGUGGGGUGGGGUGGUCUUAGGGUCGGCAAUCCAUCAUGCUGCUAUGGACGGAUCUGCUGUAUUCCACUUCUUAAGGACAUGGUCAGCUUUCUCCAGGGACGGCGACCGGGCUAUGGUGAACCUCCCCUGCCAUGACCGCUCGCGCUUGUGUGCGCGUGAUCCACCUGUUGUUCAUCCCGACGCACUUUCCAUUUUUAGCCCCAAGAUAAACCUACCGCCGCAGCCAGGGCCACUCGUCAACGAGGUUGUGGCCUUCACCCUUGGCAAGGACCAACUUUCCACUCUAAAGCACAUAUCUGGUGGUGAUAGCGUGAGCACGUUUAGCGCCGUGAGCGCCCACCUGUGGCAAUGCAUGUGUUUAGCCCGGCAGCUACCCCCGGAUGCUGCGACACAACUUAUGUUCUCGGCCAACGUCCGCCGCAUCAUGAGGCCACCACUCCCAGACGGCUACUUCGGCAACGCGAUAAUAAACCUAAGUGUCGGCGACAACGUGCAUGCCAUCACCUCGCGCGAGCUGAGCUACAUCGCGCAGCGAAUCAGAGACACCCACAGACGGGUGAACGACGAGCUAGUGCAUUCGGCAAUCGACUACCUCGAGCUAGCAAAGAGGGACGACGAGCGCCCGGCUACAGGCAAUUUGCCGGUGACUGUCAUUAGAGUUGUCAGCUGGCUUGGCAUGCCGUCAUACGAUGCGGAUUUCAGCUGGGGGAGGCCAUUGGCUAUGUUCCGUGCUGAACCAAACCGCGGAGGUUUUGUGCACCUGAUUGACAGCGCACAGGGUGAUGGCAGUGUGCGCAUCAUCAUGUCUAUAGAGGCUGCAAUUCUCAGCGAGUUGAAGCGUUUGUUGUAUGCCAAAUUCGACAACAUGUUGUAUUCUAAGUUUUAA